GCCUUAUAUAUAUAUAUUCUCCAGUAUUCGCAUCGAAUCUUUCUUUCUCCGGUCUGACAUUCUCCCGUCGCAUCAGAAUUCAAACCUCGCCGAAACCAACCCAAUCAGGUCGAUUCUCUCUCUCGUCGCGUUCUCGGAUCUCCACACAGGGAAGUGCAAAGUUGAAGAUAUGUUGGGAAUUGUAAAACGCAAUUUGAUCUGCAAAGGCAACUUUGCUUCGCAUUUGGAGCAAGGAAUUCGAGUAUUUGCAUCUCGAGCAUUUUCUUCAGCGAACAAAGAGUUAACGGUGCGCGAAGCUUUGAAUUCAGCUCUCGAUGAGGAGAUGUCUGCUGAUCCCAAAGUGUUUUUAAUGGGAGAGGAGGUUGGAGAGUACCAGGGAGCAUAUAAGAUCUCUAAAGGGCUUCUGGAGAAGUAUGGUCCGGAGAGGGUGCUCGACACGCCCAUUACUGAAGUAGGAUUCUGUUAUGUUCAUUGUAACAUGUUUAAAAUGAAAAUAGUUGCUUUCUCACUCUUAGCCUUGUUAUUUCCUCAGGCUGGAUUUGCUGGAAUCGGAGUUGGUGCAGCAUAUCAUGGUCUAAGGCCUGUAGUCGAGUUCAUGACUUUCAACUUUUCGAUGCAGGCGAUCGAUCACAUUAUUAAUUCAGCUGCAAAGUCGAAUUACAUGUCUGCUGGUCAAAUAUCCGUGCCUAUUGUCUUCAGAGGCCCAAAUGGAGCAGCUGCUGGUGUCGGUGCUCAACAUUCACAGUGUUAUGCAUCAUGGUUUGGUUCGGUCCCGGGAUUAAAGGUACUGGCUCCAUAUUCUUCCGAAGAUGCUCGUGGCCUGCUCAAAGCUGCUAUAAGAGAUCCUGAUCCCGUCGUUUUCCUCGAAAAUGAAUUGCUAUACGGCGAAUCAUUUCCAGUCUCGGAUGAAGUCCUCGAUUCCAAUUUCUGUCUUCCUAUUGGGAAAGCCAAGAUAGAACGGGAAGGAAAGGACAUCACCAUCACGGCAUUCUCGAAGAUGGUCGGCUAUGCUCUCAAGGCUGCUGAUAUUCUAGCAAAAGACGGAAUCAAUGCCGAGGUCAUAAAUCUUCGCUCAAUCCGCCCUCUUGAUCGAGCGACAAUAAAUGCCUCCGUUCGGAAAACUAACCGGCUCAUCACUGUUGAAGAAGGAUUCCCCCAACACGGAGUUGGCGCUGAGAUUUGCGCAUCCAUUGUCGAAGAUAGCUUCGAGUAUCUUGACGCUGCAGUCGAGAGAAUUACGGGGACUGAUGUGCCGAUGCCCUAUGCUUCAAACCUCGAGAGAAUGGCUGUCCCACAAGUGGACGACAUUGUCCGGGCGGCAAAGAGGAGCUGUUACCGGUCGAUUGCGGCGGCUCCGGUGGCGGCGACCGCGUGAGUUUUAAUGUGACCAGGUAACUCAUUUUUGGUUUAACUUAAGGCAUGCUUGUUUUGAAAAACAUUGGCCUAAGUUAAACAUUAUUUGAGGGAGAAAAAUAAAAUGAGAGGAAAGAAAAUGACUCUUUAGACAAUAAAUGUGAUAUGAAACCACACAGUGGAAUUUUUUGGGCUUAUUCAUUCAAUAUUCUUAGAUGAAAUAAUUUUUCAUAAAUAUUAUUUUUUUAAAAAAAUACAAUAUAUAGACAAUAAAUGUGAUAUGAAAUCA